GGGAGACGUCAGAUGAGAUCGCACAAAUCGAGCGAGCGUGACCCGUGCUUUGAGGCCGCCUUACAACUGAUGUCAGCACAUUUCUGCUGGGUGACGAGAAGUAGGGACACCUGGAGUGCUGUGGGUUUUUAUUAACGUCGCUAGUUGCUAUCUCGUGGAUCAGGAGAGGAGUCGAUGCCUGGAAUCCGUUUCCUUCAGUGCCACAAGUGCAAGAAAAGAGAGGUCACAUUGAGGUCCUUAUUUAGGCACCUUCAUGCGGAGCACGGACACGAAAGAAACUGGCUGUGUGGCCUUCAAGGGUGCUUAAAGACAUAUGUCACAUAUGGAGCAUACCGGAAGCACGUUUCGAGGUAUCAUGCGAAAAUCCUUGAGGAAAACAACAUUCAGUACAACACUGAAGGAAGCGAGGAGUCGGAGCAUGGUGUUGCAUCCACCAGGAGGGAGCAACUCAACAGCCUUCCAGUUAUGCCGUUCAGUGCGAAUGCCGAUAUUUCACAAGACAUGGAGACCAGUGUGCCUGACUCACCUCGCGAUGGGCCAGACUUGUUCAAGCAAUUUGCUCUCUUGCAGCUGAAGUGGAAAAAGGGAAAGCGCUUGCCAAGUUCUACCUUGCAAGAUAUAUCCACUGAUGUUUUGUAUCUGCAGAGCAUGUUUGAGCUUUCCCUUUCUCCUUCGCAACUGGUAAGGAAUAAUGUGAAAUCAUGUGUUGAGUGUAAGCUUGAAAAGCUACUAAAUGAGCAUGAACGAGAAAUGUAUUGGAAGUUCUGCCUGCCUUUUGUAGAGCCAGAAAGUAUUUGCAUUGGUAGAGACUCAAGAGGAAAAAAAGAGACUUUCAGCUAUAUUUCUGUGACAAAAGUCCUAGAGAACUCACUGCAAAACCUUUCUGGCAAUGUCGGGUGUUCACAUUCACCAAGGUCAGAUGAGUACCUUGUUGAUGUCUUUGACGGAACAGCUUUUCAAGAUCAUGCAUACUUUCGGGGUGAUAAUAGACAGCUGUGCAUUCAACUUUACACCGACGAAUUUGAGGUCUGUGAUGCCCUGGCAAGCAGACUAGGAAAGCAGAAACUGAUGGCAGUGUAUUACACAGUACUGAAUGCUCCUCUUGACUCUAGAUCGAAGCUUUCCUCCAUCCACUUGGCAGUGCUAGCAAAAGAAAAACUUGUAGCAAAGUAUGGCUUAAAGAGAAUACUUGAACCCCUUGUAAAUGAUGUGGCGCUGUUAGAAACAGUAGGCGUUACUGUUAACGGAGAACUUCUCAAAGGGUCCGUGUUCUUCGUUACAGGGGAUAAUCUUUCUUUGCACCGAUUAGGCGGUUUCAGGUGCAGCUUCAGUCAUGGUAGGAUAUGCCGAUACUGCAUGGCCUUACAUCAGGAGAUAGGAACAAAGCACCGACCGUCUGACUUUCAGGAGCGAACACCAUCUCUCCACAACCACUACCUCAGCUUGCUAUCUCGUGGUGUCAGCUGCUUGCCUUUGUAUGGCGUGCGCAGUGAAUGUGCUGUCACAUUUUCUGGCUUUGAGCCUACACAACACCUUCCGCCUGACGUCAUGCACGAUCUACACAAGGGAGUUAUACCACUGUUGCUAAAGGAGGUUAUUUCCUUUUUUGUCAAGGAUGGCACUUUUACUUUGGAAUUGUUAAACACUGCCAUUGUGACGUAUAAAUACAGUGAGGAUGAUAAGCGUAAUAAGCCGGAACUGGUGUCAACUAGUAUGUUGCAAAAAAAAGGAACUAUCAAAGGGAGUGCUUCGCAGCUGUACUGCUUAUUUCGGUACUUGCCUUUUUAUGUGGGGGAGUGCAUACCAAGGGGCCAAAAGGUGUGGGAGUUGUACCUUUUGUUCAGAAAGGUAGUAGACAUAAUCAUGAGCAAGCGAGUAACAGUAGACUAUAUUGCAUACCUCGAACGCCUGAUCACAUGCUUCUCCGUAGACUUCAAAGAUGUGUUUCCAGCUGUUCGUGUACCUUGCAAAUUACACUUCCUGAUUCAUUACCCUAGGUACAUGCUCAUAUAUGGGCCACUUGUUCGGAUUUGGUCGAUGCGCUAUGAGGGCAAGCAUCAAUACUUUAAGGACUUAGCCAGAAAGCUUAAAAACUUCAAGAAUAUCGUGUCCACUUUGGCAAAUCGUCAUCAAGCUUAUGAGAUGUAUCUGCAGUGUUGUGAAACCGGCGAUAUGAACAUGACCACCAGGGGAUGCAAGCCCUUACUGUAUGAGCAUCUUCCUUUCGUUGUAAAGAAUUUCAUAUGUGCAAAUGCGAUGAGCACUGAAAACAUCUUUUCUUUGGUGUCGGCUGAUAUUGGCGGCUCUGCACAUGCAGUUGGCAGUGUUAAAGUGAUCGACUUAUCUUCCGACCAGCCAACUUUUGUCAUGGUCACUGGUAUUUUUUCAGUGAGCCGGCAUGUCUUGCUCCAGGUAGAGAAGCUUGAGACAAUAGAAUUUGAUGAACAUUUUCAUGCAUACGUGAUCAGGAAAACUUCAGAAACUAGCAUUUUGACUGAUGUAUCAAGCCACCAGACAGACGCACUGGCCAUUCAUGUUUUAGGAACCAGGAUCCUUGUUUCUGUACGCCAUGCUCUGAUAUAGAUUUCACAUCCCAGAAACUGCUCAGUGUACAUUAUUUGAACUUUUUCUUGUGUUUCUUGUUGCAAUGAAUAAAAGUAGUUUGAAGU